ACUGUGCACAUGCACCUGCACCCCAACCCCAGCACAUGCUCACUGAGCCGGCUCCACAGACCAUGAGGCUGUCACCGCUGCUGCUACUGCUGCUGGGGGCCUGUGCCAUCCCGGGGGGCCUUGGGGACAGGGCCCCACUCUCAGCCACUGCCCCCCAGCUGGAUGACGAGGAGAAGUACUCAGCUCACAUGCCGGCUCACCUGCGCUGUGAUGCCUGCAGGGCCGUGGUCUACCAGAUGCAGCAACAUCUGACAAAGGCAGAGGCCAAGCUUCACACCCUGGACUCCGAGGGCCAUCACAGGCUGAGUGAGUCUGUAUACACAGAUGUUCUGGAUCAGAGCUGUUCCCAGACCUGGCAGGACUACGGAGUUCGAGAAGUAGACCAGGUGAAACGACUCAUAGGCCCAGGACUUAACAAGGGGCGGGAGCCGAGCAUCAGCGUGAUGAUCAUGGGGGGCCCGUGGCCCGGCAGGCUCGCUGCCACCUGCUGGCACUACGUGGGGGAGUUUGGAGAAGACCAGAUCUAUGAAGCCCACCAACAAGGUGCGGAGGCUCUGGAGGCAUUGCUGUGCGGGGGCCCCCGAGGGGCCUGCUCCGAGGAGACCCCCCGCCCACGGGCAGAGCUCUAGACCCGCUCCUCCUGUCCUUCCUGGUCAGCCCAGAGGAGCGCCGGGCUUCCUCCGGACCUGCCCCCCUACGUUCUGCAAGCUGCCUGGAAGGCUGUCGUCUGUGCUGACACUCUCUGUCCCCACGCCCGCUUGGGGGCCCUGGGGCCCGGGUGGGGGCCAAGGUCUGCCCCCUGGACUCAAAUAAAACCUGGUGACCUCGGA